AUGUUGACCUGUUCCUCUGUGGCCAUGACCAUGUUUCGCAGCAUGCGCAGCACGAGGGCAUCCAUGUCCUUGCCGCUGGCGCGGUGUCUUCAAGCGGGGACAGGACGCGUUGACGAUCCAAGAGUGGAUUUCUUCCAUGGGCGAGCGCCUGUCUUUGCGAUGUUUACAGUAUCACAUGAGGCGAUCCAAGGUGGUUUCAGGUCAAGCAGCAAUGCCUCAUGGCUGUUUCGCUACAAGCAGGGGUCAGGCCAGCGGGAGGCCCGAAUUCAAAAUCAUCUUGACAAUACCUCGUUUUGA